GCGGCGCUGCCGUGUUGACAGCGGCGGCCGCGCCGGGAGCUGCCCCGGGAAGCGAGUUGGCGGCGCCGGUUCUCCGCUCCCAGCUCCGCUAUGGCCUUCAUGGAGAAGCCGCCGGCCGGCAAGGUGCUGCUGGACGACACGGUGCCGCUGACAGCGCAGAUCGAGGCGAGCCAGAGCCUGCACUCGCACACGGAAUACAUAAUCCGUGUCCAGAGAGGAGUUUCAACAGAAAACAGCUGGCAGAUUGUGAGGCGAUAUAGUGACUUUGACUUGUUGAAUAAUAGCCUGCAGAUCUCAACUCUAAGUCUACCUCUUCCUCCAAAAAAGUUGAUUGGAAAUAUGGAGCGUGAAUUCAUUGCUGAAAGACAGAAGGGCCUCCAGGUCUACCUGGAUGUAAUUACCACCCAUCACAUACUGUCCAACUGUGAACUGGUAAAGAAAUUCUUGGACCCAAACAGCUAUUCUGUAAAUUACACUGAAAUUGCCUUACAGCAUGUUUCAAUGUUCUUCCGAUCAGAGCCAAAGUGGGAAGUAGUUGAACCAUUAAAAGAUAUAGGUUGGCGAAUACGUAAGAAAUAUUUCCUAAUGAAAAUUAAGAAUCAACCAAAGGAACGGCUAGUGUUAAGCUGGGCUGAUCUUGGCCCUGAUAAAUACUUGUCUGACAGAGACUUACAGUAUGCUGUGAAACUUCUUUCUUCCUGUUCUCAUCCCUAUAUUUACAAAAUCACUUUUGCCACUGCCAACGAAUCUUCAGCGCUGGUUAUUAGACCAUUCAGUGAAAAAGGGACACUAAAGGACCUUAUUUAUAAGGCAAAGCCAAAAGACCCAUUCCUGAAGAAGUAUUGCAAUCCUAAAAAAAUUCAAGGUCUUGAACUUCAGCAAAUAAAAACAUAUGGAAGGCAAAUAUUAGAGGUAUUAAAAUUCCUCCAUGAGAAAGGAUUUCCUUAUGGCCAUCUUCACUCUGCCAAUGUGAUGCUGGAUGGGGAUACCUGCAAGUUACUGGAUCUAGAAAAUUCCUUGUUGGGACUCCCAUCGUUUUAUCGAUCGUACUUUUCCCAGUUUCGGAAAAUUAAUACUUUAGAGGGUGUUGAUGUUCAUUGCUUUGGACACUUACUGUAUGAAAUGACCUAUGGAAGACCUCCAGACACCAUUCCAGUGGAGAGCUUCCCUCCUGCUCCAUCAGUGUUUGUUGUGUCAGUGUUGGAGUCCAUUCUGACUUGUGAAGCUCUGAAGAAUGGGAUGCCAACUGUCUCACGGCUCUUACAGAUGCCAUUAUUCAGUGAUGUCCUGCUAACAAACUCUGAGAAACCACAGUUCAAGAUUCCUACUAAGCUAAAAGAAGCAUUGAAAAUCUCCAAGGAAUGCAUAGAAAAGCGAUUAACAGAGGAACAGAAAUUGAUUCACCAGCACAGAAGGCUGACAAGAGCUCAAUCUCAUCAUGGCUCUGAAGAGGAAAAAAAGAAAAGGAAGAUCUUGGCACGAAAAAAGUCAAAACGUUCUGCCAAUGAAAGUGGGGAAGAACACUCAGCCAAAUACAGCAACUCAAAUAACUCAGCAGGCUCUGGGGCCAGUUCUCCUUUAACAUCUCCAUCAUCCCCCACUCCGCCCUCCACAGCAGAGCAUGCAUCAUUUUGAACGUGAAUUUUCGGAAAAGUAAGCUAAUGCUGAUUUAUCUCUUUAAAGAUGCUCUGUUUCUGAAUGGGAAAGUUGGAUGCAAAUCUUGAAGUUGCUUAGUAUUGGGAGGGAAUAGAAGAAAAAAAAUCUGAAUGUUCUUACAGAUUAUUUUAAUGAAAUACAGCAUCUUUAAAAACUAUCACUAAAAUUAUUUUCUUUGUUCACAUCCCAUUCUCAGCCAAGUUUUUAAUGCUGUUUGCACAAUUGCUGUCACUUUAAAUUCAUAAUUAAGUUUUUGUUUCAAUUCAGGCAUCAAGUUUACAGCAUCUGAUUUACUUCCUAUUCCUUUUAACACACUCUUUUAACAAAAAUGUCCCUGUAAAAACCCUUGGUAAGUUCUUGUUUGAGUGUUUUAUUCUUAUAACUGCAUGAAUGAAUAAAAUGUGUGUUUGCAGGCAAUAUCCUUCAAUGGAUGUAGUGGAAGGGCCUGGUGAUAGCUAAGCACUUGUUUCAAAUGUUUUUUCUAGUAAAUACAGGAAAAGAUUUCACUGUAGGGCAGAACAAUUUCCUCUGUAGAUGUAAAUGUG